AAGUGUAGUGGGAACCGGCCUUUACCGCUGGGCCACUCGACUCGGCUUGACUGACCGGGGAAGGGGGCCUGACCCCCCUCCCUCUGGAUCCGCCACUCUGAAAAUGUCAAACAGUGUUAGAGUUGGUACUGAGCAGGUACCAGUAUUGAGAAGAUCUCAGAGUGUUAGAAAACCACCAGGUUUGUACAUUUGGAGGAGCUUCGAAAUUUGACAAGAAGUCUAAAUUAUGGCAAGUAAUAUGGCAGGUCUUUAUUUUUGUUCAGAGUGUGAAGACUAUGUGGGUAUUAUUACUGCUGAUAAAAAAUGGGAGGAACAGCUGAGAAAAGAUCUAAAGGACAAAUAUACUGGUACAAUAAAAAGCCUAUGCGAUGGAAGUAUUGGGGAAUUGAAGGCUGAAAAUUUGAGAAACCUUAUGAAAGCUAGGAAAGUUAUCGUUGGCUUUUCAGAAGACCAAAAGGAUUUGGAGAGUUAUACUGCAUAUUCAGUUCUUACUGAGAUGUUGGAACAAAAUGAACUUGACUCAAAAAAGUUGGUACCAGUUAAGAUAACAACGAAUUCUGUGAUACCAGAAGUGUGUAACGAAUUCAUACCGGGAAAUGCAUAUGAGGGCGACUUCAUUGAUAAACUGGUAGAAACAUUAGACGGUGCCAAGAACGGAAAGAAGAGAAAAUCGAAGGAAAAGAAAGGAGAUAUAUAAUACUGGAGCAAAAAAAAUGUCAAGUACCAGCGGUCUCUGUCUGAUAUGGAUAACAAUUUUUGAAAUAUUGAAUAGAUGCAAGCUUCCAGAAUUGAAUAAGAGCCAAUAAAGUAUAUACAGAUAGUGAAUAAAUAAAUAUUAGUAUAUUUAAGAGCAAAUAAAGUAUAUUCAGACAUUGAAUUAAUAAAUAUUAGUAUAUUUACAAACAACACACUCCAUUCUUGCUAUCUGUAGUAUAGUUCUCGAUUACAGGCACUUUCAGGAAAUCUAUAAAAUAUUAUAGUUUUUUACGAGUAUUUUUUCUUAAAUGUAAAACUUACCUCACAUUUUUUAUAUAGAAACCGUUUGAAUCAUCGGGUUUUGAAACGGAUUUCAAUGUCGUAAUGAGCACAAAAUAUACUUUCGAAUCGUUUGAAAUACUUUUCCAUGAAAGCUAAAUAUAUGCUCAUGCUUUUAUUAGACGUUAAUUGUUUGUUCGAUGAUUUCCAAACUCCUCUCAGCUCACUUCAGACUGUAUUUCAUCCAUAUGCCUCCUUGCUUUUGUCCUUAUCUGUUAUUGUUUUAGCUUUAUGUGAGAGACUAUUAUAAUUAUUCUCCCUUUAGCCUUUAAAUAUUAUAUAUGUUUUUAAGUAGAUUUAGCCCAUAGAUAUAAUUGUGGUAGAGUAUGGGUGUAUAAGGUUCUACGUAAUAUCCAAGAAUUUACACCACACAGACAUAACAUAGGUAUCAGAUUGUCUUUACUGUACUAUACCAAAUAUCUGUGGUUUGGACAAGAAGGGACUUCUGUUAACAUCGCUGCAAGUUUAACACAUAUUCAGCACUACUACAGCAAUUGUAUACAGUAUUAUAUUAAUAUUUACCACUUUUUAUUUUGCUCUGCUGAUUUGGUAACUUAACUGCAAGUAAACUUCGCUUAUUAUAUAUUAGUUGAGUUAUGAUUUUAAUCGAUAUACUGUUUAAAGUGUCUUAGGAAUUAAAUAUUGCUGAUGUUGAAAUAGUACUGGUACUAAUUUUGAUAACCCACAAUGGGGAAAUAUUAUGUUAUGUAGAUUACAGAAGUGAUCCAAGCCUUACCUACUGAACAUCGAAAUAGGAUCUUUUAUAAUUAUUGCUCAUUUUUUAAAAUAAUUUGCAGGGAGCCUGAGCACCUGUUUAAUGUUGUGUUUAAUGGUGAAACUGUGUUUUGCGUCUCAUUAUAUUUUCCGUUAAUAAUAGUUAAAUAAUAGUAAAUAAUAAAUAUUGGAAGUGGUUGGCGCA